GUCCAUUGACGGGGUCUUGUCCAGUUAGACAAAAAAGAACUUGAGCAGCGGGUGUAUGUGCUGUACUUUAGAUAUUUGGACCUCCUUCUUCAUUUUCUCCCAAGAAGCAGACGAUCAAAACAGUCUAGUGGGGUCGAGGAGGAAGCAAAGAUACAAACAUGAUCACAUCUGCCGCCGGUAUAAUUUCCCUCCUGGACGAGGAGGAGCCCCAGUUGAAGGAGUUUGCGCUGCAUAAGCUGAACUCCAUUGUCAACGACUUCUGGGCUGAGAUUUCAGGAUCUGUGGACAAGAUUGAAGUCUUGUACGAGGAUGAGACGUUUAGGAGCAGAGAAUUUGCCGCUCUGGUGGCCUCAAAGGUAUUCUAUCACCUGGGGGCUUUCGAGGAAUCCCUCAACUACGCUUUGGGAGCGGGUGACCUCUUCAACGUCACAGACGACUCAGAGUACGUGGAGACCAUUAUUGCCAAAUGCAUCGACCACUACACCAAGCUGCGGGUGGAGAACGCCGAGCUGCCAGAGGAAGAGGAGAAAAAGAGUAUCGACCCACGCCUCGAGGGCAUCGUCAACAAGAUGUUCCUGCGUUGCCUCGGCGACCACAAGUACAAGCAGGCCAUUGGCAUCGCCCUGGAGACCCGGCGCUUGGACAUCUUUGAAAAGACCAUCUUGGAAUCGAACGACGUGAGCGGCCUGCUGGCCUACAGCUUGAAGGUGUGCAUGUCUCUGAUGCAGAACAAGAGCUUCCGCAACGAGGUGCUCCGCGUUCUGGUCAAGCUCUACAUGAACCUGGAAAAGCCAGACUUCAUUAACGUUUGUCAGUGCCUGAUCUUCCUGGACGACCCCCAGGCCGUCAGCGACAUCCUGGAGAAGCUGGUGAAGGAGGACAACCUGCUGAUGGCCUACCAGAUCUGCUUCGACCUGUACGAGAGCGCCAGUCAGCAGUUCCUCUCCUCGGUCAUCCAGAACCUGCGCACCGUGGGAACGCCCAUCCCCUCCGUGCCCGGCUCCACCAACACAGGCACUGUGCCCACCGCCGACAAAGACGGUGAGGCAAUGGAGACGGAAGAGAAGGCCGGGAGCUCUCCUGCUGGGAAGCCUGCAGAAGUGGAGGAGCCUAAAGACCAGAACGCCAAGAUGAUCAAGAUCCUAAGCGGGGAGAUGGCCAUCGAGCUUCACCUGCAGUUCCUCAUCCGCAACAACAACACAGACUUGAUGAUCCUCAAAAACACAAAGGAUGCAGUGCGGAAUUCGGUGUGCCACACGGCUACGGUCAUAGCCAACUCCUUCAUGCACACAGGAACCACAAGUGACCAGUUUCUCCGAGAGAACUUGGAGUGGCUAGCAAGAGCGACCAACUGGGCGAAGUUCACAGCCACCGCCAGCCUGGGAGUCAUCCACAAGGGACACGAGAAAGAGGCGCUCCAGUUGAUGGCGACCUACCUGCCUAAAGACACCUCUCCUGGCUCUGCGUACCAGGAGGGAGGAGGCCUGUACGCUCUGGGUCUGAUCCACGCCAACCACGGCGGGGAUAUCAUCGACUACCUGUUGAGCCAGCUGAAGAACGCCAGCAACGACAUUGUGCGUCACGGGGGUGCUCUGGGCCUGGGCCUGGCGGCCCUCGGCACAGCCAGACAGGAUGUUUAUGAUCUGCUCAAGUCCAACCUGUACCAGGACGACGCCGUCACUGGUGAGGCUGCAGGCCUCGCGCUGGGCCUGGUCAUGCUGGGCUCCAAGUCGGCCCAGGCCAUCGAGGACAUGGUGGGCUACGCCCAGGAAACCCAGCACGAGAAGAUCCUGCGCGGCCUGGCCGUCGGCAUCGCCAUGGUGAUGUACGGCCGCAUGGAGGAGGCGGACGCCCUCAUUGAGAGCCUCUGCAGAGACAAGGACCCCAUUCUGAGGCGCUCCGGUAUGUACACAGUGGGCAUGGCUUACUGCGGCUCUGGAAACAACAAGGCCAUCAGACGCCUGCUCCAUGUCGCUGUGAGUGACGUGAACGACGACGUGAGGAGGGCAGCUGUUGAGUCCAUCGGUUUCAUCAUGUUCAGGACUCCGGAGCAGUGCCCCAGUGUGGUUUCUCUGCUGUCCGAAAGCUACAACCCCCACGUACGAUGCGGUGCCGCCAUGGCUCUGGGCAUCUGCUGUGCCGGGACGGGCAACAAGGAGGCGAUCAACCUUCUGGAGCCCAUGACCAACGACCCGGUUAACUAUGUCAGACAGGGAGCCCUGAUCUCCUCGGCCCUCAUCAUGGUCCAGCAGUCGGAAGUCACCUGUCCCAAGGUGAACCAAUUCAGACAGCUGUACUCCAAGGUGAUCAACGACAAGCACGACGACGUCAUGGCCAAGUUCGGAGCCAUCCUGGCCCAGGGCAUCCUGGAUGCGGGGGGCCGCAACGUGACCAUCUCCCUGCAGUCCAGGACGGGCCACACCCACAUGCCGUCUGUUGUGGGCCUGCUGGUCUUCACCCAGUUCUGGUUCUGGUUCCCCCUGUCGCACUUCCUGUCGCUGGCCUUCACCCCCACCGCCAUCAUCGGCCUGAACAAGGACCUCAAGAUGCCAAAGGUGCAGUACCGCUCCAACUGUAAGCCCUCCACGUUCGCCUACCCCCCGGCCCUGGAGGUGCCCAAGGAGAAGGAGAAGGAGAAGGUCUCCACCGCCGUUCUCUCCAUCACAGCCAAGGCCAAGAAGAAGGAGAAGGAGAAGAAAGAGAAGGAGGAAGAGAAGAUGGAAGUGGAGGUCCAGGAGGCUGACAAGGAGAAGAAGGACGAGAAGAAGGAAGAGAAGAAGGACGAGAAGAAGGAGGACGAGAAGAAGAAGGACGAGAAGAAGGAGGACGAGAAGGAGAAGGAAAAGGAGAAAGAGAAGGAAAAGGAGAAAGAGAAGGAGAAGAAGAAGGAGCCCGAGCCCAGCUUCCAGCUCCUGGAGAACCCAGCCAGGGUGAUGCCGGCCCAGCUCAAAGUCCUGAUCAUGCCAGACACCUGCCGCUACCAACCCUUCAAACCGCUGCACACGGGCGGCAUCAUCAUCAUGAAGGACACCAGUGAGGAGGAGGAGGAGGAGCUGGUGGAGCCCGUCUCCGCCCACGGACCCAAGAUCGAAGAGGAGGAACAGGAGCCCGAGGCCCCGGAGCCCUUCGAGUACAUCGACGAGUAGGGCCAGCGCCGGAGUCCGUGAAGGUGGUGUUCCUAUGUGUCUGAUGACGGAAGAGCCCAGCAUGUGUACCCCUACCCCCCUCUGUUCCCCUCGGGUCAUCGUUCCUCCAUACCUCUCCCGCCACCACCACCACCAACAUUUCCUCCUCUUUUACACGUUCCUUCUUUGUCCUGUUCUGCUUAGUCGGGCAGGGAACAUUUUACAUUAUGUUGCGCAAAAAUGGUUUAAUUUUCUGUCUCUGCAAUAAAAAAUAUCUUUAUUGGA